AUGCCUCACGUUCACACAAUCUCACAUGGAAGGUCAUCCACGUCUCUUAAGGAUGAGGGCCAGCCAAAAAGAAAGUUGAAACAGUUUACGGCGGGUAAGUUAAUACGGAAUAGCUCAUAUGGUAAGCUUUCCAGAAUAAGGUCUACUGAGUCAUGUGCUGGACUGGGUGAGCUGACUCCUUCACAUCCAAACGGUGCAGGGCCUCAAGAAAAGCCGAAAUUUGGAAGGUCAAAGUCAAGUGGAGAUGUUCUAAAACUUCCAAAGUCUUCUGUUAGGCUAGGAUCCCUGACUAAACUUUUGGCAUCUCAUAGAAACAAAAUAAUCAUAGAUUUAACGCAUGCGGAUGACAGCUCACAAGAGGAAUCUAGCGAGACUGAAAGUGAAUCCAGAGAGGCGAGUAAGUCUGGAAAAUACGGAAAGCCAAAAACCCACAAAGGAGAACCACAACCGGCACUAGAGUCGGAACCAGAAGAAGUAGAGUCAUUUGAUGACGAUGUUAAAGUGAUAGAGGGACCUACUGAGAGUGCAAAGAAAGAUCUUCCUGACACUUCGUCUUAUGAUGCAACUUACUUAUUGUCACAGUCUACGGGUCAGCAGAGACAGGUGCCAAGGAAGGAGGCCUCUAAUGUGGAUAAUCCAUACAGAAACAAUUAUACAGUGAGUGAAACGAGCGUUGCCAAUGAUGCUACAACGAUGCAGAAACGCAGCAGCAGCUCAUCUCUCAUCUUCCAACAAUCAGGGUUGAACUUAGCUGGAGCAUACAAUGGGAGUGUGAACCCUCAAACUAGCCUUCUGCGAUCACAACAGUUCCACAAAUUUAUGGAUCCCAAAGACCUAAGAGAUGUUCGUGAAGUCGGCGAUCCGAGGGUAUCACACGACUUAAGAGAUCACAGAGGAUUGCGGAAGUCGAGUACAGUAUCCAUGCAUCAGGCAAUAACAGCAAGAAGAGAUCAGCAUAACGAUAAAACUGGCUCUAUCACUAACACGGAAUUUCAGAAACCUGUUGAAGAUGCUUUUGCUAACAAUUUCAACUCCUAUUUGUCUACUGCACAGCCGAAACUGGAGACGAGAACCCAACAGAGACUUUGGUUACAAAGAGAAAACCUUAAUUCCUUGGUAGACUUGUCAGAUUCUAACAAUCCAUUCACAACGAACCUCACUCGAAUGGAGUAUGAAAAACUAUCCAGAGAGUAUCUCAAUAUUAGACGGUUUCGUAAUCCAGUGUUCAAAUCCAUUGUUAAAAUUGACAACAUCCCUGGAGUGGAUAUUAAGAAGAGCAUUGGCGAGAGCACCAAAUCAUUUGGCGACUUUAAAGCUUAUGAAGAUAGAAUUGCUGCUUUGUGGAAGAAGAACAGUCAAGAUUUUUUCUCAAGCAGACAGGAAGAAAUUCAAAAAGCGUCUGUAUCAACAUCAAUCAACAGUGUGGUAGGAACACCUCAGAGGAGUAUGUACUAUAAGCAACAGCCUCAUCAGAACCAACAGAAAACUCAGCAAUACUCAACUGUGCCAUUCAAUAGGCUACCGCAACAAUUCCAGCCAACAACCAGGGCACAGCAGAAAGUGACCAAGUCAUCAUCAUUGAGUUUAGUUAACUUACAAAACUAA